UCCAAGCGAACGUAUUAUUGCUCACAUGUGAUAUCUAGGGGGAACUUCGUGCUAUGAGAGGCACCAGCUGAUCCGGGCACCUGCUCACCAAUCGUCAGUGGCAUUUCUCGGUUACUGUCGAAGAUGCUGAGCUCUACCGCCGGUAUGUUUCUCCCGGGCCACUGCUUUCGCCAGCGUGCAUUCAGCACGAGCGCAGUGGUGCACCACCUGCAGAAACGAUCGCGCCUGCGAGUGGUGGACAACAGCGCACUGGGUCGCCAGGCUAUGAUGGAUGGGAAGCCGCCAAAGAUCAUCCAGGUCUACAACAAGACUGGCUUUGCCACGAUUGGCGACAAGGUGUUGGUGGCAAUCCUGGGCCAAAAGAAGAAGGGCUUUGUCGUGGGCUGCAAGCACAUGAAGCAGAAGCCGCUGGUGCCCCGAUACGACACCAACAACAUGGUGCUGCUCGACGACAACGGCAACCCACUGGGCACUCGCGUCCUGGUGCCCCUGCCGUCCAUGCUGCGCGGAGACAAGCCACGCUACUCCAAGAUUCUGGCCCUCUGCUCACGAUUCGUCUGAAUGAAGUGACUCGUUCGUAACCUCUGCCGAAGUGAGCGUGUGCAGCUUGUUACCACACCAGAGCAUGAUUUCGUGGGGUGUACAGUCGGGAAAAGUAGCCGCUGUUAAUAAAAUGAAUUUUAGCACGCA